GAGGAGAUCCAGGAGGUGAUGGCUGAAGGGAACCUGGAGGUGCUCUUUAAUUCGCUCGAUAAGAUCGUGGAGGAGGCCAAGGACCACAAGGAACCCGCGUGGCGCCCCAGUGGGAUCCCGGAGGAGGACGUGCGUGGCGCCGUGGUGCCGUACCUCCUGAAGCACAGAGCCUACCUGCGGAAAGUCCUCGGGGAGAAGGAGGAGGAGAACAGGAAGGUGGCAGAGUCGGUGCUGGCGGGGAGGGACAGGAUCACGGAGCUGCAGCAGCUGAUCCAGGCUCGCAAACAGGCCUGGCAG